AGUGUUAGGCCUUUAGACCUAUGCUGCACCCGAUUAAAUGGACUAUAUAUUUCGGCCUGUAGACUCAAACGCGAGCCAUUUUCUCGUUCUACACUUACGCCAAUGGAUCUGCUUCAGUACAUGGGUUCAAUGUCAGAACAAGACCGACUCGAGCUCAUCUCCCUAUUGAUAAAGAAAGGUGCCAGUGUCAGCAAACGUAAAGCCAAAAUACGCGUGUUUCAGCGAAGAACAUCAGACUCAGGCCUUUCGGCCAAGUUCAGUACUGCAUCACCUGUAGCCUCUGGCUGGCCGCUAGUUGCCCCGAGAUUCCAUGGACCGAGAUGCUGCUCCAACUGGGCGCUUGUGACACGUCUUGGAAAGAGCAUGGUGAAAGUUGUUUGCACAUGCUUCUCAAAAGCCACUACGAUGUAUCUGUCUAUUAUGCGCGGCGUUUUAUUGAGAUGGGUGCGGAUCCGUGCGAGCAAUCUCUUGUGCAACUUACUCUAUCGGGAUAUGACCUUCAAUCUUACUCUGGUUAUCACUGGAACUUGCUGCGACUUUUCUGCAAGCAUGGCGCUCGUUUGAGACUCGAUCCUCCAACAGUUGAUGAGGGGGGUUUUAAAAUGCCAAAGUGGCUGAGCCCAGGCUAUCACCCCCUCGUUUUUGCUAUUGAAAGUGCUCGAACCGAGAAAGCACGCCGCGGCAUUAUAUUUGCGUUAGACAAGAUAUAUGAAUCUCUUUCGAACUUUCCAGAGAUAGGCUACCAUUGUUUCGUGGCGGCCUCCCAUGACUUCGUCUAUCCUGGCGUCAUUCGAGCGCUGCUCGCGGCGGGCGUCCAAUCCACCAGUCUCGGACGAAGACGAGCCUCAAACGUUGUUGGGCGGGAUGAAUAUAUAAUAGAAAAAAAGAUUUAUUUUAAUGGGGACCAAAAUUUUUUGGGGUACUCCAAGUCACUAUGUGGUUUACAAAUGUCAAGAGCAAAUACUAAACUUGAGACAUCGCUCACUUCACACGUUUAGUAGAAACGUGGGAAAGGUUCAUCUAGUCGAUAUUCGAUCAAGGUGAAGCAUCACGUCUGCAUCAUUGGUGCUUCGGUGGAGCAAACC